AUGGUGACUUUGUCAUCAGUAAUUCGACCUCUGGCUUCUCAGCUUCACCGACAGCUCUUAAAACACGCCGGGAGGAGUCACCGCUUCACCUCCGUCCGCGGAUGCAAUCUGACGGCGUGCUCCAGCAGAUAUGUGCUGUCGCAAAUGCACCCCAUGUGGCAGGGACCCCUUGCAGUUCCAGGAGGUGACCGUCAGUCUCCGAUUGAUAUUGUUGUCCGAAAGAGCGUCUUUGAUUGCCAGUUGAAACCUUUGGUCGCUGACUAUGACCCAACAACAUGCCAGCAAAUCUGGAAUAAUGGUUACUCCUUCCUGGUUGAAUAUGAUGACACGACAGACAAGUCAACUUUAAAAGGGGGCCCUUUGCAAGACAAAUUUAGGCUGUGCCAGUUCCACUUCCAUUGGGGUGAGAGCAAUGCCUGGGGGUCAGAACACACCGUGGACAGGAGGUUAUUUCCUGCAGAGCUUCACUUGGUUCACUGGAAUUCAGAUAAGUACAGUCUGUUUGAGGAGGCAGUGAUGGAGGACAAUGGCCUGGCUGUUAUUGGUGUCUUUCUCAAGGUGGGGAAUAGACAUGAUGGCCUUCAGAAACUGGUAGAUGCUCUCCCUGCUAUCAGACACAAGGGAAGUGUGGUAGAGUUCACUAAAUUUGAUCCUGGCUGCUUGUUGCCUCACAACACUGAGGAUUACUGGACGUACCACGGGUCUCUUACAACUCCUCCUCUGACUGAGUCUGUGACCUGGAUCGUCAUGAAGCAGCCCAUAGAAGUUAGCCAUGACCAGCUGGCUGUCUUCCGGAGCCUUCUUUUUACCUCAGCCGAGGAGCAGGUCCAAAAGAGCAUGGUGAACAACUUUCGUGUGCAGCAGCCUCUGCGGGGUCGCACCGUCCGCUCCUCCUUCAGUCCCUUCCUAAAGGAGUCGCCGUCUGACCAGGACGACCAGCACACCCAUUAA